AUGAGAGUCCAUAUCGCCACCGCCCUUGCUCUGACCGUCCUCUAUGGGGUCCUCGCCGACUUGGACGUCGACAUCGAGGACAUACCAGCCGCAUGUCAGGCCAUCUGCCGUCCAACCUUGGAGCUUAGCCGUACCUGCGAUGUCGACGAGAACCUCGUUGGCGGCGAGGCGGCUGAAUUUCAGGGAGAGCAGGCGUGUUAUUGCCAAAAUCAGAGUUUCGACGUCGGGCGGAUGACGGCUCUCUGCCAGAGUUGUGUGGUGCAGAAUUCCUUCGAAUUCAACAACGCCAGAGAAGUCAACGAUAUCAUGGCUAUGUGCUCGUUCCAACCAGCUCAGUUUACCGCGGCUGAUGCGAAGGCCGCCGAUGGCGUCGUUGUACAGGCUACUCCCCCUGCAGGCCAAGAUACAGGUCUUCCCGGGCAAGGCAGAGGCAAAGGAAAGAACUGUCAGCCUGUCAUUCGCAAUUAA